GUUCAUGUUGUCAUUUUGCCUUCAUAGCUUUCAUGGCAAGUAAUUCAUCGUGAAAUCAUUCUAGAGCAAUCAACAUUCAAAUAGUGUAGAGCAUUUCAAUAGAACGGGGUGCUUCUAUUUAGCUCAAUCAACAGAAAUGGAGAUGCAUUCAAAAAAAGAAGGAUCUUUGAAGACAGAUGAGUCAGAAGAUGAAGUUGAGGACCAAUCUCCAAUAGAACAAGUGGCCCUCACUGUGCCCACAACUGAUGAUCCAGAUCUACCAGUCCUAACAUUUCGCAUGUGGGUACUGGGCAUUGCUUCCUGUGUAUUGUUAGCAUUUCUGAAUCAGUUCUUCUUCUACAGAGACAAUCCUUUAUCGAUAACAGCAAUCACUGCUCAGAUUGCUGUUCUACCUUUGGGUCAAUUCAUGGCUGCCACCCUGCCUACUAAAAAAAUUCGGUUCCCAGGAACAAAAUGGCAUUUCACCCUUAAUCCAGGAAAGUUUAACAUGAAAGAGCAUGCACUUAUAACAAUACUGGCCUCAGCAGGAAGUGGAGGGGUGUACGCAGUCGAUAUUGUGACUAUCAUGAAAUCCAAGUAUUUCUACAACAUAAAAAUGCAUCCUUUAGCAGGUUGGCUGUUAGCAGUGACUACGCAGAUGCUUGGCUUUGGAUGGGCAGGGCUUUUCAGAAGAUUCUUAGUAGAAUCAGCUUACAUGUGGUGGCCAGCAAAUCUCGUCCAAGUCUCCAUUUUCAGGGCACUGCAUGAAAAGGAGAAAAGACAAAAGGGUGGUUUAACAAGACUACAAUUUUUCAUGCUAGCAUUAACAUGCAGCUUUGCAUAUUAUAUAAUACCAAGCUAUUUUUUUGGCACACUGUCCACUGUGUCAAUUGCUUGCUUCAUUUGGAAAAACUCAGUGGUAGCUCACCAGAUUGGAUCAGGAUUGAAAGGGCUUGGCAUUGGAUCCUUUGGUUUGGAUUGGACAGUGAUUGGAUCACAAUAUUUGGGAAGUCCUCUAGCCUCUCCCUGGUUUGCCAUAGCCAACACCAUGGUGGGUUUCUUCAUCAUUGUGUAUGUCAUCACUCCAAUUACCUACUGGGGAAAUGUUUACAACGCCAAGAAAUUUCCCAUAUACUCAUCAGGGACCUAUGACAUAACUGGGAACACAUACAACAUAACAAGGGUACUACGAGAUUCUGAAUUUGACAAUUAUGGUUAUGAACAUUAUAGCAAACUGCACUUAAGCACUUUCUUUGCCAUUACCUAUGGUGUAGGCUUUGCAGCACUGGCAGCAACACUUUCCCAUGUCCUACUUUUCCAUGGCAAGGAUAUAUGGAGACAAACAAAGGCUUCCAUGACCAAUGAACAAGUGGACGUCCAUACUAGGUUAAUGAAGAAAAACUAUAAUCCUGUUCCCCAAUUCUGGUUCCUGAUUUUAUUGGUAAUUGUUCUGGGGCUGGCAAUUUUCACUUGUGAGGGAUUUGGAGGAAAGCUGCAACUCCCAUGGUGGGGAGUCUUUCUUGCUUGUGGCGUUGCUUUUUUAUUUACCCUCCCCGUGGGAAUCAUUCAAGCCACUACUAAUGCGCAACCUGGGUUGAAUAUAAUAACAGAGUACAUAAUCGGAUACCUCAAUCAAGGCAAACCAUUUGCUAAUGUAACAUUCAAGACAUAUGGAUAUAUCAGCAUGCUGCAGGCUCUUACAUUUCUUCAGGAUUUCAAACUGGGGCACUACUUGAAAAUUCCACCACGCUCAAUGUUCCUCGUUCAGGUUUUAGGAACUCUGGUUGCAGCCACUGUAUACUUUGGAACAGCAUGGUGGAUGAUAGAAUCUGUGGAUGGCUUGUGUGAUACGAGCAAAACAGGCAAUCUUUGGACGUGCCCGGUCGACAGUGUUUUCUACAGUGCAUCCAUAAUAUGGGGGGUAAUAGGACCAAAAAGAAUGUUUGGUAACUUGGGACUGUAUCAAAAUUGCAAUUGGUUCUUCCUUAUGGGUGCACUUGCACCAGUGCCUGUUUGGUAUCUUUCCAAACUGUUCCCCAAUGUCAAAUGGAUUCAAUUGAUCAACAUGCCAGUUCUAAUUGGAGCCACUGCAGUUAUGCCACCAGCAAAUGCUGCCAAUUUCAUCUCAUGGGGCACAGCAGGUUUCAUUUUCAACUACAUCAUCUUCAGGAGACAUAAACAGUGGUGGAGUAGGAAUAACUACAUUUUGUCAGGGGCACUUGAUGCAGGAGUUGCAUUCUUGGGAGUUCUGUGUUAUUUUGCACUACAAAGGAAUGAGGGUUUAAAUUUAACUUGGUGGGGAGGACUCUCAGAAGGAGAUCACUGCCCUCUUGCCAAUUGUCCAACUGCUCCUGGUGUGAAGGUCGACUACAACCCAUCCUGUCCAGUUUUUUAAAAGUCAAUGCAUGCAUUUAUGCUUGUUUGUUCUGAAUAACCAGUACCAUACAGUUGUGAGACUUAUCCUAUAACUCUACAAGACAUUUACUGUUUUUAUUUUUUUAAAUAUAGGCAU